AUGCCCUCUAAUUCAAAUAAAAAAACUUGGUCUGAAGUUGCUGAAUUUAUUAAACAAGAAUCGAUUAAAACGUAUAAAUACAGUUCUUUUAAAAAUUUAGAAAGAGUUGGUGAAGGUGGAUUUGGGACUGUGCGUCGCGCUUGUCUAAAAAAUACCGAAAACGAACAAAUAGUAGCUUUAAAAAGUCUUACUAACAAUAAUGCAGAUGAAUUCAUUAAAGAAAUUAAAUACUUUAGCGAAGUUGGUAAACACGAAAAUAUCGUAGAAUUCUUUGGAAUUGCUAAAGAUAAGACUAACCUGGCAAUAAUGUUGCACGUAACCUCAGGCCAACGAGAAACCCCAAUUGAUGGAACUCCAAUUGACUUUUUAAAUAUUUACGACAGUGCUUGGGGUGGUGAUCCGGAUCUACGUCCAAAUAUUGCCGAAAUACGUUGUAUGUUAGAUAAGAUACAAAUGGAUAUAACUAGUUAUAACGAACAAGGCAAAAAUAAAAUGUAUCAGUGCGUAGAAAAAUCACCACGAUUAAAUAUUUAUAGCGCUCGGAAAGCAAGAUUUAUUAGUCAUUUCGCUUUGAAUAAAGGUAAAAACGUUGAUGGAUAUGACUUUUGCCAGGGGAAAGGAUCUAUUAUGCGUAAUAUUGGGGAUAUAAAAACAAAUAAAAUACAUAUGCGUCCUCCAAUUAUCUAUCUUCCUAAUAAAAAAGUUUCACCGUGGACGUGUUUGAGAAAUUCGAGCUUGUUUACAAAUCAAAUAGACAUAAAAGAUUCAAAAGACGACAGUGUACGAAUCCAUAUUCCAAUUGUAACUGUGCAAUACACAUGUAAAGCAGCAAGUGAGUUCAUUCAGGAUAUUAGAAGUGCACUUAAUACCUCCGACCCGUCAGAAAAUAAAAGGAAAUUAGAGAUGACAUUUAAUUAUUAUGGCAACUACGUAGUUACAAAAGCCACACUUGGUGGUGCCAUUACUAUUAAAGAUUGGUCAAAAAUCCCUGAUGAAAGUAAAUCAUAUUUAAUGUGCUACAUUCAGUGGGGAAUUGAUUAUGUUAAAGGGAAUGCUUUAAACGUUUUUGAAGAUGUAGUACUUGAUAAAUUACCACGACUUGAGACUUCAUCCAAUAUAAAAUCUAUUGGAGAUCUAUAUACUUGGUUUAAAAUUUUAUAUGAUUGUAAAUUUGCAGAAAUUUUAUCAUAUGAUGAAUUUAUUCCAUCUUAUGAACUAUUACCAGAAGAGUUGCAAAACCAAUUACAAAACGUUAUUGGGUUUAAACCCGUUAAAAAACCUCCCAAUAUAUUAGUUCCAAAAAUUUCUACUGCAUAUGAUGCACAUGAUAUUAAAGAAUGGAUAGCAUUAGAACCACUACAUAAUUUACAUCUUUGCAAUUGGGUUUACAAUAAUGCAUUGCAACAUGGUGUAAUUUUCCAACGUUCAAAAUUAAAACGUGGUCAAAAGGCUGCUUUUAAAUUUCUAAAGGAACCUAAAAUAACGAAAGUAAAUGAGCUUAUUGUCAUAUUAUCACAACCAAAGACGGACCAAGAAGCCUACAUGUUUGAGAAUGGUAUAAUUUUAAAUGAAAGAGAUGGAUUAGAACUUGAUAAAAUUCCCUUUACUGAAUAUAACUCAACUUUUAAUGUUCCUCUAGAAGAUUUCAGAUAUUCUAAGCAUCAGCACUCUAAUGCAAUUUAUUGUCAAGUUAUUUUUAAUGCAAUCAAGAUUUCUUUUGACCAAUCAGAUAUUAAACAAUUACAAGAAUUUACAGAUGCAAUAAAUUCUGAAUUUCGUAGCAAAGAAUCAUUUAAAAAUCUUUGCAGGUUGUUUGGGAAUGAUUACGGGCAUUUAUUGCCAAGAACUUUUAUGUUAGGUGGAGUUUUAUCAAAAAAAUAUGUAUCAAGUAAUAAUCCCACAAACAUUAAAGAACGAAAGUUUAUAUUCAAUGAAAAUGAUCCUAAUGCACUCACAGAAAUUGAAGAUCAUUUAAAAGCAUGGAAUGUUGAAUUUAGAGAUGUUGACACUUCAAUAUUCCUUAACAAUAGAGGGGAUGCUGUUUGUCGCAACAAAAUUGAAGAAUGGUGGAAAACUCUUGCUAAUGAUCCUAACAACUGGGAUAUUAUAUCUUUAGGAGAUUGGAUGUCAAUAUAUCAUAUCGUUUUUAAGGGGGAAAUCUUAUUACAAGGUCAAAAUUUUGCAAUUAUUAUAUUUCCUAAACCAAUUGUCAAUAACAACUAUCAUGUCGUUGGAAAUGUUGUUAAUAAAAAUGGAGAUUAUUGGGACAAUGAUCCAGAAGCAACGAUCAUAUUUGAUCAAAUUGAUGAAAGUACUUGUAAAGCACGUAUCCAAAAUAAUUCCGGGGCAAG